AAGUCGCAAAGGCAAAAGUCGCAGGUUGAAAACAUGCCACAGUGAAGCAGCAGCUGAAGGACCCAAGUUUUGUUUUCAGUGCGUCACAACGGUCACAGCGAUUCGAAAUCAAGUUUUCCCGGUGAUGUUCCGUAGCAUUAGCAGCAGCAGCAGCUUACUGCUAUUCGAGUGAAGUGAAAAGAAAAAAAAUUCCUGGAUUUACCACAGAGAUAUUGAUGGUACCAUCGGAGUAGUGAACGACGAGUAAAAACGAGAAAAAAAAUAUAGGAAAAUAGGAGUCAAUUCGUGUGUUUUGCCUUGCUGUCAAAUUCCUGAGUUUUCGCAAUUUUCGUGUUGGAUUCGAAGCCUGUGCCAGUUUCGGUGAAAUUUAAUGUGAAAAGCGUAAAUAUUGAUGUCUGCAGAUUGAAGCCAGCUCUCUCGAAAGUGUUGUGUCGGUGAAAUUUUUGGUGAAAAUUGCCCCGGAGGAUGAGUGGCAACAUCAUCGUCCAGCCAAUCGGUGGAUGUGAGUGAGCGAAAAGAAUCGCUUCCAAAAAGUGCAAAUAGUGGUUUUGCUGUUCCAGAAUUUUUUUUUUUGGGAGCAGAAAUUCGAAAUUUCGCGCAGUCGGUCUAUAUAUGUGUGUGUGCGGGUCUCCAACGGUGGAGCAAGGGAAAAAAGGGCUUUCCGAAAAUUAGCGAACUUUUUUCUCGAGAUUACAGCGAUAAGAGGAGGGCAGGGGAUCGUGUGUUUAGUUGAAUCGUGGUGAAAGAUAAUAAAGCGAUCCAGCGCCCCGCGAGGAAAAAAGAAAACAACUAGCUAAAAGUGACGAAUCCGAAGACGACGACGAUCAAUGCUCGAUUAGCUGCUGGCUGCUCGUCAUCGGUGGCAACGACGGCGACGGCGGCCAUAUUAUGGCUGAGGAAGAGUUGAUGGUCGUAUUGCGAAAGAGUGAGGAUGCAACCUUUGGCUUCUCGCUGCUUCGAACCGAUGGAUUUCCGCAUGUUAUCUACGACAUCGUGGAGAACUCGCCGGCUGCAGAAUGUGGUGAGGUCGAGGCUGGCGAUGUAAUUGUUAAAGUCAACGGCACCGAUGUGCACGGAUUCACUACAAAAGAUGUGCUAAAAUGCCUACGGCUUUCAACAGAUCCAGUUACGCUAGAGCUCAAAAGAGAUCCCAAAAUCAAAGCGCACGUUCGAAAGUAUCUCGCCUCGAUCAGCAACCAACAUCCUCACUCGGACGAUCAUCACCACUCACAGAAUUCGAACCCAUCGUCGCCAAUCCAUCAUCGCAACACGCCGGCCUCACCGCUUUCCGAGCGGGGUCCUAGUCGCAUCCAAUCGCCGGCCCUGACCGGUGGCAGCCUGGGGUCCCGGUACGGGCACCGGUUCAGUUCAUCCGACCCGUCAUGUCGACCUUCCCGUAUACCCCAGGCUGUGCAGGCGACGAAAAAUUCCUGGAGUGCCCCUCAAUCGCCCCAUGGUAUUAAACCACCGCGGACAUCGCUGAUCCCCACUGCUAACGGAACAGCCCAGGGUCAUCAUCAGUAUUCAUCUUCGUCGCCGUUUUAUCAGCAACAACCGCAGCAGCAGCAACAACAACCGCCAAAAAAGGGCUUCGAGGCGUUCAUGAUGACCGGUGAUCUCAUCCUGAACCUAUCGCGGACACCACAAAGCUCGGGAAUACUGCCGCAGGCUAAGAAGAUCGAUAGUCUUCGAGACUCACCGAGUCAUCGGGCGAGUACUAAGCGGAAAAAUGGAGCUAUCGCUCCCCACGCCAAGUGUGACUCGUCUCCGUCUCCCACAAGCAGCAGCAGCAACAGUUAUUCCGAAAACAACGACAACGGGAAAACGCCAAGCCAGCAGGCGGCAGCGGAUCGCGAUCGCUCAUUGAAGAAGAGCCGUAACGAGGAGUUGCAAGAACAGAACGAUCAGAACACGGGCAGCUCAAUAGAAUCGAUAGUGAACAGUAGCAGCAAAAAGCUAAGCGGUGCUGGCAAUCACAACAACAACCAUAAUAAUAACUUGUACAUGGAGAGAGAACACGAAGAUGCACUAAGUUCAAUCCAGAAUAGCAUCGAAGCGGCUACUGCUAUUAGUGAUGGGGGGCGAAUAAUGGGUAGUAGCACGAACAGUGGAAGAAGCAGCAUGGAUGCUGCCGAUGAACAGGAGAACGCCGAUGAAAUGAACGAUCAGAGAAGUAAUCGAACAAACACUAGUGGCUGUGUGUCUUCGUCCUUACUUGGGGAACGGAAUUCUGUAAGACGGGAUGUUCGUCUAGUAGAGGAUGAUAGUAAUAAUAGUGGUGUUGCCGCCGUUCGGUCCGGUGAUCCAGCAGGAACGGGUAGUGAUAGUGUCGAUAGUAGUAGUGCUGCUGCAACGGAUGGGGACUUACAUAAUUAUCACUCAAAAGAACGCAGUAAGUCGUCCUCAUCCGCGGCUUCUUCUGGUGGUGGAACCACAAUCAAGAGUGAAAGCUCACCUGAAAUGAGCUACUCAGUGCCAACAUCCCCGACGUCACUUUCGGCUGCCCCGAUUCUGGAAGGGUACGCACUGAAAAAGAAGGAUACCCAUCUAGCCAACUCAGUGCCUACCAGCCCGGAAUCAGGCACACAAGAAAUCGUACGCCGCAGCGGUAGCGGCAUUCAGCAUCAUCACCAUCACCACCACCAUCAUCAUCACAAUCAAUAUCUCCAUAGCAGCAACAAUCACUCCUCGAACAGCGGCGGUGGUCCCGUUGGGCAAGGUUCCAAUAUAAUGACGGCCAGUGGCGGAAGUGCGGGUAAUGCUGGAGGAGGAGGAGGUGGCGGCGGUGGCGUGAUGCGAAAAUGUGACGCUGCCGGUUUCCGUACUAGUCGAUCGGAAGACCACCUUCAGCAGACACAACGAGACGGCGGCAUCGGUGCAGUAGUGCCUAUCGACAUCGAUGAAGACGUUAACAGUUCUCUGAAUACGCUGUUGGAUACGCGGCAUGACUCCGAGGAAUCGCAGGCCUCCGACCACGACCGGAUAGUUUGGACGUACAACGCCCCAAUCUCACAGGCCAAUGGCGGUGGCAUAGAUGGUGAGGCGGGCAACGCGGGGACUGGUAUCGUCACCUCGCCCGUUCUCCACUCCAGCUCGAUGAGUUCCUCACCUCAGCGAUCCGCUAGUGAUAGUCCCGCUUCGCCUACUUCCGUGUCAUCGUCUGUGAUGUCCUCAUCCGGUGGUUCCAAAGGUGCAAACGACCAUACCCACAACGGGUAUGGGAACAGUGGCUUCGACGGGGGCCGUGGAGGAAGUGGUACACAGAGCAACUUGCAGAGCCUCUACUGUCACAAUGGUGGUGGGCUCGGCGGGGGAGGAAUGGACCACAGUGUGUCGGAGGCCGUCUCGAACAUUUCGAGUCCAGACUAUCAGGAUGAGCAUGAUCUGCUCAGUACGAGGGAUCUGGCCGCGAUGGCCAUCAGCGAUCCCAGCGAUUCCGACUCAACGAUACUGGUUUCGGAAACAACACAUCGAGUGCACGAGCGCGAUCGUGAUCGUGAUCAUAAAAUUGUGAUACAGGUGAAGGGGGUGCAGCAUCAGCAAUAUCCUCCCUCGAACCAGGAGCCAGGUGUGCUGCGCUAUUCCGAGCUUAAAGACUCGGAAGACGAACUGGCCACACUGGCCGAAGAAAUGCCAACGACCCUCUUCGGAGGGGACGGUCAACUAAUGCCGGGAACUGGUGGGCGAGAAUCUUCGCCACCAAUUUCGGACGACGGUAGCGAUGUGGACUCGCUACACUCAUUCCAUUACUCGCCAAAGGCGGUCGAUCUGCCAUCAGCCGAACGUCUCGCAAAACGAUUAUAUUAUCUAGAAGGCUUCAAGAAGAGUGAUGUGUCACGACAUCUUAGCAAAAACAACGAUUUUAGUAGGGCUGUCGCAGAUGAAUACCUAAAAUUCUUCCUGUUUGAACGGUUAACGCUCGACGAGGCACUGCGAUUAUUCCUCAAGCAGUUCUCUCUAUCGGGAGAAACGCAGGAGCGGGAGCGAGUGCUAGUGCAUUUCUCCAAGCGCUAUCUGGACUGCAACCCGGGGUCGUUCAACUCGCAAGUUUUUGAAAAUUUAAUCUCAGAUGCCGUUCACACACUGACAUGUGCAAUUAUGCUGCUGAACACGGACCUCCAUGGACCGAAUAUAGGUCGGAAAAUGACCUGUUCGGAGUUCAUCGAAAAUCUGAGCGAACUGAACGACGGGGAAAAUUUCCCCAAAGAUAUCCUCAAGCAGCUGUAUCAGGCAAUCAAGACGCAGCCGCUGGAAUGGGCUCUUGAUGACGAUUCACCCGAUCAGCUUAAGGUUGGCAGCGGUCGGAACGACGGUAAUUUUGGCGGAACGAGUGGUGGCAACGGAGGAGGCUUACAGGGUCCACCUGUGGGUUCGAAUCCGUUCCUCGAUCCACCACAACCAGCAGCAAUCGAAUACAAGAAAGGUUAUGUGAUGCGAAAAUGCUGCUACGAUACAAACUACAAGAAAAGUUGUUGUGCUUUUCUUACAGCCCCAUUCGGUAAGCGGUCGUGGAAGAUGUUCUACUGCACGCUGCGGGACUUGGUGCUCUAUCUGCACAAAGACGAGCACGGCUUCCGGAAGAAUCAGAUGUCGGACAACGUACACAAUGCGAUCCGAAUUCACCACGCGCUCGCGACCAAGGCCAGCGAUUACACCAAAAAGCAGCACGUCUUUCGGCUUCAAACUGCCGACCAAUCGGAGUAUCUGUUCCAGACGAGUGAUUCCAAAGAGCUGCAGUCGUGGAUCGAUACGAUCAACUUUGUGUGCGCUUCGUUCUCGGCACCACCGCUGGAAGGAGGUGUUGGCAGCCAGAAACGCUUCCAGAGGCCGCUGCUUCCUUGCACUCACACAAAGCUGCUACUGCGAGAACAGAUCACGUCGCACGAAGAGCAGGUGAACAAGUUGGAGAACCUGUUGGCCGAACACAAGCGGUCUACGAUUCCAACCAAAGGACUGGCUCUGCAGAAUUACAAAGAAAAAGAAGCCUAUCUGCUCUAUGAGUUGAAGCGCUACAAAACGUACUACUACCUGCUGAGCUCUCGCAUGAACUCGGACCAAUCGUUGGAUUUCGAAAGUCUGCUCACAAUGGGCGACAGUGGCGUCCUGAUGGAGUCGGACGAGAUUCUCCAACGUAACCGGCAGAAUGCUGCCGGGAUUGUUGUUGGUGGCUUUGGAAGCGCAGGCGCGAAUCAAGCAAUUAUCCAGCAGCAACCACUGAGUCAACAGCAGUUCCAGCAGCAAAUCACAGGCGCAAACACAACGACGACGGGCAAUUCGUUGACCACUGGUGGCAGUGCUUCCAACAGGAAAUCGUGAGCAUCUACAGUCAACCCUCCUAUAACGCGGUUUCCAUCUAACGCGGAGAUGAAACUGCGACAGCCCUCCUAUAAUGCGGUACUCUCAUAGCGCGGUUUCCGUUCAACAACGUCCCAUCAGCUUUUUUCGUGCACCCAAUGCAUGAUUUCAACUGGAUAUGUUUAUAUGAACAUUCAACAUAAUUUCUUAGUCGUUUACGACAUCGGUUUCAUGGAAGCUCCGGCUUAGAGGAUAUGGUUCGCACAUCUUGAUGUGCCGCAAAAUUAGCUGUCAUUGCUAAACCUAUUAAACUACUCGGUGAGUUCAAGGCAGAUUUAUGGAAAAAGAUUCGCCCGUUUGGUUAGUGAGCAGGGUUAGAGGAGCGAUAGAAAACAGUACGACAGAAGACGGAAGGGGGUUUAUCUGAAAUGUUAAAGAGAAAGGAUGAUCACAAGAGUUUGAAUGAAUUCUGCACUCUCUCAAUAAUUUCAGUAGUAUUCAGCUGCUACUAAUGCUUCAUUCGAAGAUAAACGUUUUUCAUGUAGGAAAGAUGGAACGUUUGGAACAUGAACUGUUGUAGAGUGCACAAACCGUGCAAAAAGUGUUGUGUUUUGUUUACAAAAAAUCAGUAUACUUUAUAAGUGGUUACUGAAAGAAUGUGCAGAUUGAGCAUGCGAAGCCUCUUCUUUAACUUCAGCAUCAUUAACGUCCGUAGUUCACAUCUAGGUAGGGAUCCAUUUUUAUCAGAGAAGAACGCCCGAAUGCAGUUUUGAAACAACAACACAUUUGCACAUUUGAAUGGAAAUUCUAGUUUAAUUUUUGUUUUAUUUUUUUGUCAUUUCCUUUUAUGAUCUCUUAUUGGUCUCCAUACUAAGCGGUACGAAUAAUGUGAUUUGUACUCAUUCUGAGUUUUUAUUAUAGCGCGGUUUCCAUACAACACGGUAGAUGGUUUCCAUACAACGCGCUACGAAUUAGCCUGGUUUGUAAGUCAAAUCCGAGUUUCUUAUAGCGCGGUUUCCACAUAACGCGGUACGCACUCACCGCGUUAUAGGAGGGUUGACUGUAUUGCACUGUAUCACUACCCGGUGCUACAAACGAAUAUGAAAAAUAAUGAGAAUGUCGCGAGUUUCAGCUUCUGCUUGUCUUAGGUAUAUUCGUACACCAUUGACAAUAAGCCAUGUUGAGAAAAACUUCCAAUGCUGUCAUUUUCACUUGCCUGUAUCAUGAGAUUUGACCCCUAUCGGGUCCUCCGUUGUUUUUGGGGAUUCUGUCACGUGUUUGAUGACACUUUUUUUUUGAACUCCUCAACAACGCGAAUCCCCAUCAGGGCCUUACAAAUAGACUCAUUAACAAAACGCCACUAAAUAAUGAACCUACUUCAGUGACGUAGCGUGAUCGAGUGACACCCGGGGCGGGUAUCUUGGGUGUAACCCUUCGAAUGAAACCUUGUGAUUAAGUAUUUGUUUAUGUUUUCUAAUAAUAAAAUCAAAUUUACCGGACCAAAAAACUUGUUUAUUAUAUUACUAGCUGACCCGGCAAACUUCGUCCCGCCCAAGAUUUAUUUUUCGUUAUCACAUUCACGUUUUUUUACUAAGCGCACGUUCAUAGGUCCAAUCGCAGAACUGUUCAUUAAUUGAUUUUCUAAUCUACCCUUUAACAUUACCUUUUACUAUAAAAUUUCAGUACUUGAAUCACAACUCGUCAUUAUAAUAUCAGAUUAUUUUCAGACAAAAUUCUCGUUCAAGAUUUUUCAAUCACUAGCAAAUAACAUGUUUCUCCGUUACAUGGAAUAAAUGUUUGAUACAGAAAAUAUGAUAGAAUAAAGACAGCCCUAAAUGGAACAAUUCAUUUCUCGAGUUUUGCUCUUAUCAACGCAUUCGGCGAUCCAUUUUUUUACACAGAUAGAAGAAGAUAUAGGACUGCGUUUUAUCACAUUAAAAAAAAUUUCAAUUGUCAUGUUUGGUUGGAAUAUGUUGAAAUAUGUGUAUUAUUUUUACGGAACCUCUUCUCCAUUUUAGAUGAGGAAGGGGUGUCAUAGAGAAGAGAGGAGUGUCGAACCACCAUAGGAACGUUUCGUGACCCCUAGAACCUUCACAUGCCAAAUUCGGCUCUAUUUGCUUGAUUAGUUCUCGAGUUAUGAAGAAAUUUGUGCUUCAUUUGUAUGGCAGCCUCCUUAGAGAGUAGGGAGGAGUGUCGAACCACCAUAGAAUCGUUCAUUGAUCCCUAAAACCUCUAUAUUCCAUGUUUGAUUCCAUUUUCUGGAUUAGUUCUUGAGUUAUGCAGAAACUUAUGCUUCAUUUAUAUGGCAUAUAACAAAAGGCAACGGCAACAAAACAUUUAAGCUGGUUUUCUACAAAAAAAAAACACUUUUUUUCCAUUAUUUUUUUUGUCGGGCGUAAUAUGAAAAAAAAUUACAGUAUCUAAAGGAAGAGAUUCAUUUUGUAUAGUUUUUUAAACAAACCCAAGCUGUCAUUGAAGCUGCAGAGCGUUUCAAAGUAAUGUACUUUGAAACUACAUUUGCGAAUUGGAUGUGGUCUCUUAGCGCUAUUGCUGUUCCCCUUCUUGUGUGAUCAACAUUGCACACUGCGUUGUAGCCGGGUAGUGUGAGAUGCUCAUUCUCCACUUCUUGAAAUACGAUGUCGAGUUCCAUCGUGCGACAGAAGAUUCGUAGGGCGUCAAUCUUGGUUUGGUUGGUGAUUGUGUCUAUGUUGAGAGUAGCGAUAACUGUCGAACUACGUCAUCGCUGGUUUUGUUCGAAUCGCUCGUCAUCGCUCUCUUCUCGCCGUUUUUUCCCCGAACUUAUAGAUACGGGUACUACUUCUGAAUUUGAGAAGACUCAUUCGUUGUCUUCGGCUGGUUGCUGCUGACGAGGAGGAGUGUAUCGCCAAACUUGAACUAGCAAAGAGACUUUGGAUAUAGUUUGCGAUCGACUUCCGUGACAAUAUAGAAAAAUGUCUGCUCGGCACGAAAGUCGAGCGCUAACUGUGUAAUUCACAAAUUUGCGAAAGGACACAAGGUCUGAUUGACUUCCACCAUGCACUAAAGGUUGGGGUAGGCGACUUAGAGCUGAAUUUGGCUGAUAAAACACCGAAUGCAUCCUUCAACCCAGCAAUGUGCCCUAUUAUAGAAAUCGAGUCGAUAAGAAUGUUGCUCGUUAGCUCUAUUUUACUAUUAUAUACCGAUACCGAGCAUGUCGAUAGCAUCGACCGAAUGAAAGCUAUCGGGGCAACUGUCAUACUUUUUCGAGUUGUUUGGUUUGUUUGUUGCAAAUGCAAAUAGCAGCACAUGAAGGUCGAGUUCGGUGAGAGAUUAUCUUGAUUUACAAAAUACGAAAUUUCAUUCGGCGUGAUAGUGAUAGCGAUUGUGCCUAAUUCUCGAUUCGAUUUAUAUAAUAGGGCCCAUUAUCUUCUUUACGCGACUUGAUAUAUGGUGUAUGUGGCAUGUUUUCAUUAGUGCAAUAGGACGUCACAUUCCGAAAACGUUCGUUGGAGAAAAGAUCUGCGCAACCAUCACGCAUCCAAAGAAUAUAUCGAUGAUAGGUCCCAAAAUCUCGCGAAUACCUUUGCGCAAAUCAUAUGGAAUGAGUUUCCGCAGUAUCCGCGACACGUGAUACGAUCCGGAUCACUUUUUUGCUUUUUAGUGCAUGCUAUCCUUGCUGGUAUAGGAUCUAUCCCAGAUGGUAAGGAUUAUUACAUGCAAUAUUCAUCUCAGGUAGAUGUCACUUUUUUGCAAAAAAAAGCGUGGGAAUAUGAAGUUAUCGAUUACAAACACCACACGUUUGGACGUCCUUCAGACACAAACCCAACCAAGUACUGAUAGAGAUUACGCAAGUGAUAUUAGAUUGAGAAGGAAGAGUUCCUUAAGGAAUGUAAGUGCCAUUUCAGAAAAAAACAAUAGAGGGCAUUAAAUCUUCUUUUCAUCCGCAUUCAUUUUGCUUAGAACAUUAUCGUUUAUUUAUGUGAUUUCCUGUACUGAUAGUGUCUACUAUCUGGCCUUUAUUAUUAAACCUGUAUUAUUGCACUGUAUAGCUUAGCUCAGUACCAUUGCUCAGCGAUAAGAUCGUGAAUUGUACCAAAAUGAAAAACACUCACGGAAUUCGGCCUAUCGCAAGCACUGUAAAUAUGAUAAGAUUAAAUGUUGGAAUUUCAACUCAUCAACGCGUUUUUGUAGCUAUGCAUGUUGAGGUGGAACACCAGCUUAGCCGCUUGCCCUAUAUCAUCCUUAUUGGUGUUGGUAGCUCUAGUUUCGAUGAAAAAACACAUCUUAUAUCCUAACAGCUGUUUUUCGUUAUUCCGAUCAUUUCUUUCUCAUUAUAGGAACGAUAGUAGAAAGUAUAAAACAUGAGACGAUGAUCCUCUGUACAUCACAACUGCCUUUAAUCCCUACCACAGCCAAGAUCAUAAUGAAAACAACCAUUAUCAUCAUCUACAAAUCCCGACCCCCAUCGGCUGCUCGGAAUUCGAUAAGGAUCCGCUUGGUUCCGCCCAAGCCGGUACCGACGCCGCGGCCUGUUGCCCAACCGUAUUGGCCGCUAUCACCUCAACCAUGCGAUCCUUUUCCUUUUUCCUGCUUCCGCGAAACGCGACCACCGCAUUCGGCGGUGACCAUUCGAAAACAGCAAGUGAUCCUGCUACCACCGCCACCUACUAUGGGCAACAUGUGUGAGUAUAUGAGAGCAGGAUGAAACCCUCCCACACUCUGUCGCGAAAAAUCUUUUUUUUCCUGACUCCUCCCACGAUACUUUCGAUUUUCGUAAAUUCGGAAACAAAACCGCUUGAUGUCAUCGUGAUCCACGAUCCCAUCUCCUCUCCCGGUUCGUAUUUAUUUUGCUUUGAUCUUUAACAGAGAUUUCGAAAAAAUGGCGCUUUAUUCCUUGAUCGAUAUAUAUACAAAAAAUAUAUAGACUUAGUGGAAAGAUAACACUUUUUUGUUUGAAUGCGUGUGCGUGAUAAACGUGUGUCAAAUGGUUGUGCGCGUGGGUAUGUGUGUAAACGUGUGCUAAUGUAAAGGAUAUAUUUUCAUUUCUGUAUGAAUGCCAGAGAUAGAAGAUAAGAUAUCAAUUUAUUUUCUUAAUUGUUGUAUAUUUUACAAUUAAAAGCGAGCGGAAAGAAAAGUUGAAUAAUGGCAUUUUAUGAAUCGACAAAAAUCAAUACAAAUAAUCAUAAUACAUUACCGCAAACACAAUUCAUUAGAGCAUCAUCUCCCCUAGGUGGAUGAAAUGAAUGUAAUGUGACAAAUCUUUCAAUAGUUAGCAAUUUUCCUAAACCGAACGUCUCCAAGAUGUAUACUCUGCGCGAAAGAGAUAACAAGUAAUUGAAACAAGUGCUGCCAACUGUUGGGCGCCAAAUUACUUAUACCGACACCCCAAAAUUCCAAAAAAAGAAACCUAAAGAAACUAUUAUAAAUUAGGGACAGGAGUUUCACGAUUUCAAUCGUUAAGUGUGAAGACACUGCACCGACUUAAUUUUUACGAUGUGCUCAAUUUGGCGCCUUCUCUGCAUAUAAUGCCUAUAUAUUCUGAUACUGUAGAAUGUCAUAAUUGUAAACCUUUUCACGUUAUCCUAUACAAUAAACUUUUGUUCUUGAAUAAUUGCAAUUUUCAAAAAGACGCACACACGUAUGUGUCAAUCAGAGCAUGGAUGAUCAAUAUUCGCGGCAGCCUGAAGAUUUGGUAUAAAUAAUGAAGAUAUGUGUGAAAAUUUUCAUUCAAAUAUGCUUUACCAUAUGUAUAAACAGUCGUAAUACAUAGUUAUUUGUAGAAAAGAAACACAGAAGAUACACUUCUGUCAUCGAAAGGCGCUGAAUUGCGCUAUCUUGCUGUACAUCUGGUACCAAACUAAAUCAGCGAAGAUAAUGCAAUCAGUUCAAGACGCGAAAGUGUCUCAAACAUUUUAACGACAAGAAAACACUCAUUUUGCGAAUUACGUUCAUCUAAAACUCGCACAGGAAUUUCCACAUAAACUAGAACGCGCCGCUCCUCCACCUGUUUUGGGUGAUAACCAGCGAAACAUAAGCAAAAAUAAUGGUAGACCACAAUAUUUCUGUAUAGAAAAAACAACAAAAACAAAAACAAAUGCAAAGCAAUGCCAGAGGUAAUUGUUGUUUGGCAGAUUAUCCUCUCCCAUUGUGGUCGUUGAACUGGUAACGACUCUCAACGAUUUUAAACCUAAAUCAUUCAUACAACACAAUACACUUAACGGAGCAAAAUAAACAGCAGUGUUAUACGCAUAACCAAACUAAUUCCACAUUUUUAAAACCACAACGUGAACAGCAACACAAACUAAUCAAGAAGAAUAUGUUUGCAUUCGUGAGUUAGAAAACUGAUAAAGGAAAAAGGAAAAAAAACAGUUUAUAGUAUUAUUCAAGUACAUCAAUUAUAUUGCAAUGAAAAAGGAUACAUAGAGAAAGUGAAAUAUUAUAGAACAACAAAAUAUGUAAAAUAAAAUGGAGAAAGUUACAUAAAAUGAUUUAAAUUGA